GGCCGCCUCUUCCACCUCCACGGCUCCACCUCCACCCCAGUCCACAGCACCCCUCCCCUCCGGCCUCCCUUCCCGCACCGCGGACGACAAGUCAAAUACCGCGCGUGCGUACCACUUGGAGCCAUCCGGCACCACGCCACGAGUCCACAGUCCGCGCGCCCCCCACGGGCCGUCGUCGCCCCGGCUUCUCCUCUCCUUCCCGGCUUCCCCCAACCCCUCGCGAAAGCUCGCCGCUGCUGCGUCCGCGCCCCGUGGCGGCACGGCGCGGCACCUCGUGGGGAAACCGACGGAGGCCUUCGCCGAGCCUUUGGGGGCCGGCGCUUUUUCCUGGUGCCGUCCUUCUGUACUGCCUGCGGGUGGGUUGUUCCGAUCAUAACCGACAAGGCGCGGCGUGCUCUCUUCCCUCGCGUUGUAGACUCUCGCGGGAUCUGUCUCGGCGGCGGCGGCGGGGGUGGGGGUGGGUUACUGGGCUCGCUUCAUCCUCCCGGAUCACGGCGGCGGUUUGUUCAGGUUGUUGUUAGAGUGGACGCACUAACCAAUUCAACCCAAAAGCUCUGCCAGGAUUCGAACUCGAGACUUCUGGCUCUCAUACCAUGUUAUAGUGGACGCACUAACCAAUUCAACCCAAAAGCUUAAGCUGAUGGGAAAAGAACAUGUUAGAAGCCAGGGAAGAUCGGUGAAAUGCUUGCAUUGAUAUAAUAAGUCCAGGCUGAAGUUAUUGAGCUGACAGCACUAAGAUAUAAUAGUUUGAGAAUCUCAAUGGGUUGCUUUUCUACAUUUUGCAAGAAAAGAAGGGCAACGCGGCAACCAAGUUCCCACCAUAAUGAAGACGUACCUGGCUGUUCAAAUAUAACAAAAUACACUUACAAGGAGCUAGUAAGGGCGACAAAUAACUUUAACCCAUUGAACAAAAUUGGUGAGGGUGGUUUUGGUUCCGUUUACAAGGGACAGCUCAGGAAUGGUACAGUUAUUGCUGUCAAGGUCCUUUCGUCGGAGUCAAGACAAGGAGUAAGGGAGUUUCUGAAUGAACUCGUGGCAAUUUCCGACAUCUCACAUGAUAAUCUUGUGAAACUUUAUGGGUAUUGUGCGGAAGGAGACCAAAGAAUCCUUGUUUACAAUCAUCUUGAAAAUAAUAGCCUUGCACAAACACUUCUAGGCUCCAGCCACAGCAAUAUCCAGUUUGAUUGGAAAACACGAGUAAAUAUUUGCCUUGGCAUUGCACGGGGAUUAGCAUACCUCCAUCAUGGUGUCAGUCCCCACAUUGUUCAUCGAGACAUUAAAGCAAGCAAUAUACUUCUUGAUAGGGACCUUACCCCAAAAAUCUCUGAUUUUGGUCUAGCAAAGCUUCUUCCACCAAACGCAACACAUGUUAGCACAAGAGUUGCAGGAACACUGGGUUAUUUGGCUCCUGAGUAUGCUAUUCGAGGACAGGUGACACGCAAAUCAGAUGUGUACAGCUUUGGCGUGCUGCUUCUGGAAAUUGUUUGCGGGAGAUCAAACAGCGAUACAAGAUUAGCAUACGGAGAUCAGAUACUCCUCGAAAAGUUCCCAGAGAUCACCAACGGGGCUCUCCUCUUGCAGACAUGGAUGCACUACGAGCAGGGGAGUCUGGAGAGGAUCAUAGACAGGUCCUUGGGCGGCGGCGACCUGGACGUGGCGCAGGCCUGCAGGUUCCUGAAGGUCGGGCUGCUGUGCACGCAGGACGUGACGAGGCACCGGCCCGACAUGCCGAGGGUCGUCGCCAUGCUGACGGGCGAGUGGGACGUCGAGCCGGAGACGGUCAGCAAGCCCGCCAUAAUCAGCGACUUCAUGGACCUCAAGGUCAGGAGCACGAGGAAAGCGAGCGACAACGUGGCCACGCCGCCUACGUCCUCCUCGACGUUCCUGUCCUCCCUCAUGGCGCACUCCUCGCCCUUGCUGUCGAACGAGUCCACGCAGGCCUCCAUGGCGUUCACCGGGGUGUCGGAUCGCGAGUGAUCCUUGAUCCCUUCGUCAAAGACUGGUCAGGCUGGCUGGUAGUGACCUGAGUUGGUUGGAGGUGUGGAAGACAUGUGUAGUGUAGGCAGGCAGGCACAGAUGGAUUUAAUUGCUUCGUUUGUAGGCGCAACAUCAUUGUUGAGUCAAAAGGUUCAAGUACAUGUGAGGAAACUGCUUUGUGUGCAAUUUUGGAUUGAAGACGCGAUUCUUUUUUCCACGGUGUAAGUACAAGCAAGCCCAGAAGAAGAGGUUACCGCGUCCGGCCCAAGAACAAGAAUGUAUCUGGCCCAGAUUGGGUUUCUAAUACAAUUUCCCUUCUCUACUGAAACUGAAACUGUCCUCGCCGGCCGUCGCCGCCGAGGCCCCGA